GAAAUAACGUUCCCUGCAGAGGUAAGAGUGGCAGCUCUCUUACGGACAGUGUAAGUCACCUGAGACCAGGGAGUACACAGGUGCCUCAAAACAUACCUGCAGUGCCCGGGAGCUGCUUCAGAUAAGCCAUGGCCCAUGUCCGCAAUAAAACGGCAGGGGACAACACGGCUACAGUGGUAGCGAAGGAUGAUACAAACAAAGAUGAAACUGAGGGAGUCAUAAAAUUACAAACGAGUAUGAAAACAAUACCAAUGGCCAAGAAGAAGUUUACAAAGCUCCCAAAAGGGAAAAAGUCUCCUACAAGUGCCGAUCCAAGAUACAGUGCUUCCAAGGAGGGGCCACUUGGUUUGGGCCCUAUAGUUUUGCCUUUUUUACAGCGUUUCAACAACAUUGAUGGCUUUAUGACUUUAUACGUUGCAGCAGUCUUAACUCAUGGUGCUUUAUAUGCUCUUGUCGAUAUGACUUUAAACAUAUAUCAAAAUCAACUUUCUCUGUCAAGGAAAGAGUGGUAUUUCAUGGAUGUCAGUGAUUAUCUUGUGGCUUUCAUAGUAGCAAUAUUUAUAGCACACUUUGGAAGUAAAGGGAGCAGGACAAGAUGGGUUGCAGCUUCCUGCAUUUUAAUGGGAAUUGAAUCAAUGUUAUUUGCUUUUCCUUUCUUUGCAUAUGAAAUUAUAAGACCAGGAAGACAAAGCAUAGAGUUGUGCAUAGAAGAAAAUAAAAAGAGAAAUAUAAUUUGUGGAAACUCAGUUCUGAACAGAUCAAAAUGUAUCUAUUUCCACAUCGCCGGGCAGUGUUUCCAUGGACUAUCAGGGAUGCUAAUUUAUAUCCUUGGCAUAACCUUCAUUUUUGACCACAUUCCCACAAGUUCAUGCGGCUUCUAUUUAGCGAUUGGACAUGCUUCAAAUCUGAUGGGAUACAUUCUGGGUGUGGUAGGAGGACUGCAGAAUUUUCAGCCUCCCCCCAAAGAAAAAAUAAUCAAAAUUGGACCUGCUAAGGUGUAUCAACUGUUGCAGAGUGGGUGGUGGAAAAGUUUUUUGGUUAUUGCUGCAAUCUCAUUUUGUAUAUCUUUCAUGAUUGUAUGUUUUCCAACUAGUUUACCUGGUGCACAUAAGUUAAGACUUGCGAAAAGAAAGGAACCUCCGACCAUUGACAGGAGACUUAAAGAUAUGAAAAUUCAACCUGAUUUGAAGGGUUUUCUUCUUAAUAUUUGGCAUAUGUUGAAGAACCCACUGCUGCUGACACAGGCAAUCUGCAAAGUCUCAGAGUAUUUGACUUUUAAUGCAUCUCUAUAUUUUUUGCCCCACCAUUUACAAAGUCAGUUUUUAAUGACACCCGGAGUUGCCUCUCUGCUCACAGGAGCAUUUGUACUUCCUGGAAGCGUAAUUGGCCAUUUUCUUGGAGGUUUAAUUAUUGACAGAUUGGAAAUGACUAAUAAGAACAAGUUGAAAUUUAUCUUAGUGAUAACUGUUGUAUCAGUUGGGCUUUUCCUAUUAAUCUUUUUUGUAGAGUGUCAAACAACAACAUUUGCUGGAAUCACUGAAAAUUAUGAUGGCUAUGGUCAACUUGGAAACCUCACAGCUAACUGCAAUGAGGUUUGUGAUUGCACAACUUCCCUCUAUAGUUCCGUAUGUGGAAGAGAUGAAAAACAAUAUUUUUCUCCGUGCUUUGCAGGCUGCAGAGCUACUAAAGUAUUCCAGAAUGAACAGGCAUACUACAAUUGUUCUUGCAUUAAAGAAGGAUUGACAACUUCAGAUGAUGACGGUCAUUUUAUUGAUGCUACUGCUGGAACAUGUGAUACCAAAUGUCUUACGAUACCUUUGUUUUUUGCCUUUUACUUUUCUGCUACUGUUUUUUCUAAUAUGUGCAGUGUACCUGGCAUUUCAAUUAUCCUCCAAAGUGUACCUGCCAACUUCACUCCACUUAGCCUGGGUGUGACCUACACCAUUGUGAAAUUUGUUGCAUCCAUCCCUGUUCCAUUCUUGUUUCAACUGGCGUCAGCUAUAGCUUGUAUAUACUGGGACAUUAAUAGAUGUGGAGAAAAAUCACGUUGUUGGAUCUAUAAUAAGAAAAUAUUGGUCUUCGAAUUUAUGGGAAUAUGGAUUAGUUCCCAAUUAGUCAUAGUCUUGUUGAACAUUUAUGCAAUUCAUAUACAUGAUCUUGUGGUAAAUGGAAAAAUCACUGAGGGCAAAGCCACACCUGUAAAAAACGUAAAAGCACAAAAAGAAAGAAAAGCUUAAUUUCUAAAAGAUUUCUUCAUUGGG